AAAAAAAUUAAAAUGUUUGUGUAUAAAUAUUUAUAAAAAAUUGUUUCCUGUUACGUGUGUAUUGUUUAACGGUUCGUGGAACUCUUAUUCCAAUCAAUGUGUGUUAGUGGGUUUAGUGAUAUUAAACGUACACAUGACAUGGCUCUUUAAGUUCAUCUCGGAAGUACGGAAAUUGAAUUAAAAUGGUUACAAUGAAUUCAUCUGAAAAGGCGCAGAAAGCCUGCCAGCAAGGCCCCUCCAGGGACACCACGAAGAGCACCAAAGAUGACAAAGAGAAAGAUAAGAAAGAUAAAGAUACGAUGAUAGCCAACCUGCCGCCGAGCGUCCAGGCGCUGAUGUCAACAAUACCAUCACCAGAGGAAUCGCCCAACUACCUCGUCUAUAAAAAGAUGGAGGCUAUCAUAGAGAAGAUGCAAGAUGAGACGACCGGCGUCCCUGUUCGAACGGUCAAGAGUUUCAUGACGAAGAUACCAUCGGUGUUCACCGGCUCCGACCUGGUGUCCUGGCUGAGCCGAUACCUCAACCUCGAGGAAAGCUGGGAGUCCCUCCACCUGGCACACCUGCUGGCUGCCCACGGAUACCUGUUCCCGAUCGACGAUCACUGCCUCACCGUCCGCAACGACAAUACUUACUAUCGAUUUCAGACACCGUACUUUUGGCCGUCGAAUCAGUGGGAGCCGGAGAAUACGGACUAUGCGGUGUACCUCUGCAAGCGGACGAUGCAGAACAAAGCCCGCCUGGAGCUGGCUGAUUACGAGGCGGAGUCGCUCGCGAGGUUGCAGAAGAUGUUCAGCAGGAAGUGGGAGUUCAUAUUCAUGCAGGCGGAAGCGCAGAGCAAGGUAGACAAGAAACGGGAUAAGUUGGAGAGGAAAGUUCUAGAUAGCCAGGAGAGAGCGUUCUGGGAUGUACAUCGUCCGAUGCCGGGCUGCGUGAACACGACAGAAAUGGACCCGAAGAAGCUCUCCAGGAUCAAUGCUAUCAAGGCGAAACGGCUACGGCAGUGCCAGGAAUUGAUACUGCAGCAUAAUUUGAAGAACAAUCCAAUAGUGACAAUAACGAAUGCACAGGAAAGUGAAGAUGCGAUACAGAAGAAUAUUGAGAAGAAUAAUGAGAUACCUAUCAGGGAGAACGGGGAGACGUCCCAAACCCAACCAGAGGCAAUAGAAGUUGAGAAAACCAUAGAGCAACAGAUAGAGGCGGCGAAGAGACAGCUGGCAGUAUUGAAAGCCCGUAUGGAGAGAAGAAACGUCCGAGUGAGCAAAGUCGCGGAAAUGUUUAUAUCAUACUGUGAGCAGUAUUCUGAAUAUGAUGCCUUCCUAACACCCCCCGAAUGGCCGAACCCCUGGAUAAGUGAUACGACGGAGCUUUGGGACCAGGAGAAGCAAUGCAAGGAACCGUUGCCGUUGCGUCGCGUCCGGCGCUGGUCCUUCGGUCUCCGGGAACUUCUCCGAGACCCGCCUGGGAGGGAGCACUUCGCGAAGUUCCUCAGCAAGGAGUUCAGUGGCGAGAAUCUCAAAUUCUGGCUGGCGGUUCAGGAGUUGAAGGCGUUGCCGAUUCGGAGAGUGUCGUCUCGUGCCAAGGAGAUAUGGAAGGAGUACUUCGCGUCUGAUGCUCCGUCACCAGUCAACAUAGAUGCUGCUAGCAGGGAACUGACAAGGGCGAAGGUGGAGUCCGGUACAGCCGAUAGAUACUGCUUCGAUCAAGCCCAGGCCCACGUCUAUCACCUGAUGAAGUCUGACAGCUACUCCAGGUACCUCAGGUCGGAGAUGUACAAGGAUUACUUGAAUGGCUCCAAGAAGAAGACAUCCGUGAAGGGGAUCAGAUCGAUCGUUUCGUUCACCGGCAGGAAAGAAACAUCCGCUAACUGAAGCUAUACAUUGUUGGAACACCAUCAAAAUUGGUAUAAUGAUUCGAGAUUCGAUUUUUGUAAUUGAUUUGAAUUUAGAAUUUAAAGAAAAACUUUACAAUUUUAAAAGAAAGUAAUAAUUGAAAGCUGUUUCGUAAUAUUUUGUUGUUUUAAAUUCGUUGUUUUGGAGUUAAGGUCUUAAUAGACAAACAUACAUUUUGAUUAUUUGUUGUAACAAUUGUUUUGGGGAUUUUGAUAAUAAUCUCUGUAGGAAUGCAGGUUAAAUCAAUAAAAGGAAGACUUGUAAAUCGUUUUGGGCUAGAUACGUUGCACGCAGACGUUACGCAUAAAACGUUGCACUCUUAUUUGAAAAUCUAAUAAAAAUUUCUUAGAAGGUGCGUCAGAAACGUUGCAUCCUGACGUUACACAGAUAACGUUGCUCUCACAUUAAAUUAAAAUUUAAUUACCUUGUAAGGUGCAUCAGAAACGUUGCACCCAGACGCUACACGUUGCACUCAUAUUGGAAAAGUAUUUUUUUUGGAAGGUUUUUGUUAGCGUUAGAAACGUUGUACUCAGACGUUUCACAUAAAACGUUGCAAUCAUACUUGAAAUUUAUUCUUCUCGGAAGAUUCUUUGUUUGCGUCAGAAACGUUGCAGACAAACGUUGCACUUAAAUUUGAAAUUAAAAUUUAAUGUUCUCGAAAGGUGCGUGCGGUUUGCGUCAAAAAUGUUGCACUAAAAAAGUGACCUAUAGAAUGUGGCACUCAAAUUUUUUUCUUUCAAAAAGUGCUUAUAACAAUAUUUUAUGUAUAAAUAAUAGACGCUAUUAUGAGGCUCGAAAUUAUAAUUAUAAAAGGUUUUUUUUAAGUUUACUUUUUCAUGACAUUAUAAUAUAAUAUGGCGCUCUCCGCCAUAUUAGCCAUCUUCUAUUUACGCCUCCGAUUCCACCGAAGCCAAAGUUUUUUUUUCACAAUCAUCAUCCAAAAGACUGUCUUAUUAUAAACUGCCCUAAUUUUUUUUAAUGUAAAUAAAUUAGUUUUAGAAUAAAAUUGUGUAAUGAAAUAAAUAUUUAAUCGGUAAACGAAAAUGGAAAAUAAAAAAGGUAAUAUGUCACCAUUUAUAGAAAAGAAAAGCAAGUAAUUACGUCACUCUUGGGCAAAACCUCGUCUUCAGAAGACUUGUGGUAUACUACCAGGCUUCAUUGUAGGGUAGGGUUUCGUUCAACCCCACCCACAACCACCGAGCGACGGGCCGGUUGACGCCUUUCGCGCCGAAGGUUGUGGGUUCGAUUCCCACCCAGGACAGACAUUUCUGUGCAUGAACAUGUCUGUUUGUCCUGAGUCUGGGUGUAAUUAUCUAUAUAAAGUAUGUAUUUACAAAAGAAAAGUAGUA